UCGCUCCGCUGCCAAAUGCCGCUCCCGUUCGACGCCAUCGGCCAAGCCGUCGGUGCGGCGACAUGGCUGAUCGGCGUAGUUGCCGAGAGGCUCGUCGGCGACCGCGUCGCGGCGUGGGCCGACCGCCACGGCGUUGACCGGGAGGAGGUCGCGCGCCUCAGGGCCGAGCUGCGACGCGCCAACCUCGUCCUCGGCGCCGCGCGCGCAGGAGCCGCGGGCGGGAAGAGGAUCGGGAACGAGCAGCUCGCGGAGCCGAUCGCCGACGUGCGUCGUCUGGCCGCCGACGCGCGCAACCUCCUCGACGAGCUCGACUACCUCGAGAUCCAAGAGAAGAUCAAAGAUAAGGAGCACAACUGCAGCAUCCCAAGUUCAUCGAAGGCACAAUCUAUUAUUCGAUUUGCAUAUGAUUUUGCCAAUCAGACGAGUAAAUAUAUAUCAUCUGCAGUAAAAAUUUCUGCUACGCAUAACAAGGAGGAUUAUCCUAUGACAACGAAAAGAAAAAUUGAGCGUUGUGAUAUCAUUAAUGGAAUAAAAAGAAUGAAGCUUGCAGAUUCAGAUGACCAAAUCAUUCCAGAGAGAGCUUGAAGGGGAGACGGUCUCAGAUGGACCACCAGAAAGGAAACUCUGUAAGGAUGACAUAUCACGGAGGAUAACAAUUAUUGUUGACCAGCUACAUGAGAUCUGUGAGGACGUUCGUAAGGCUCUGAAGCAAGAUAAAAUUGAUGAAAUUACUCGAGCAACUCACAGCACAAGCUCAGACUUACGAGAGGAAGGAGCCUGCUACAUUGAAACUAAAAUCUUUGCACGGGAAGAGGAAAAAAACAAGAAUGUAAAAUUAAUCACUAAUAGCUCAGCAAGUAAUCAAAAGCUUUUGGUUCUUCCAAUUAUCGGUAAUGGAGGUGUUGGGAAGACAACAUUUGCUCGGUUAGUGUACAAUGACCCAGAAGUAAAAGAUAAAUUUGAUUUCAGGAUUUGGAUUUAUGUUUCUGUUAUCUUUGAUGAAGUCAAGCUUACAGAAGAAAUUCUAGAAUGUAUUUCUGAAGGCAAGCAUACUAGCAUGACUAAGAAUUUGAGUAUGCUCCAAGAUGGUAUCAAGAAAUGUUUGACCAAAAGAUUUCUACUAGUUUUGGAUGAUGUGUGGGAAGAGAAUGAGAGACGCUGGGACAAGUUAUUGGCUCCACUUAGAUGUACAGAAAUCACAGGUAAUGUGGUUUUUGUGACUACUCGAAUAAAAUCAGUUACAAAAAUGACAAGUAUAAUGGAGCAGCACAUCAACUUGGGUGGUUUAAAUAAAGAUGUGUUUUGGCUUUUCUUUAAAAGAUGCAUAUUUGGUGAUGAAAACUAUCAAGGCCGAAGAAAGUUACAGAAAAUUGGAAAGGAAAUAGCCACUAGGUUAAGAGGAAACCCGCUAGCAGCAAAAAGUGUAAGCACACUUUUGAAAAGAAGACUUGAAGAGAGUUACUGGCAGAGAAUUUCUGAUGGUGAUGAAUGGAAACUCCAGGGAGACAACGAUGACAUCAUGCCAGCACUCAUGCUUAGUUACAAUCACCUUCCUUACCACCUUCAGAGAUUGUUCUCUUACUGUGCUUUAUUUCCAAAGGGCUACAAGUUUAACAAGGAACAGUUGAUACAUAUUUGGAUUGCUCUUGGCUUUAUCGUUGAUGAAAGAAAGAGACCAGAGGAUAGUGGAAGUGACUAUUUCGAUGACUCGGUAGACCGAAGCUUCUUUGAAAAAAUUGAGUCACAGGAAUAUGCAUACUAUCUCAUGCAUGAUUUAAUUCAUGACCUUGCACAGAGUGUCUCAAUCAAUGAAUGCCUCACUGUAGAUGGCUCAGGUCCUCUAACAGUCUACCCAUAUGUUAGUCAUAUAAGCAUCUGGAUGGAGGCAGCAUAUAAGAAGGAACAAAAUGGCGACAUAGAGCAUAAUGAAACCUUUGAAAAAGGGCUAACUUCCAUUCAAAACGACGAUAUCUUGAGAAACUUAGACAGUUUAAUGCUAGUUGGGUCAUAUGAUAGGACUUUCUCUGUAAUAUUUGCAAAGAUUCUCAGGCAACUGAAGCAUGUCCGAGUACUCCGGCUAUCAGCAAUGUUCUUUAAUGCUGACAUUUUUCAAUCAAGUAUUGCAAAUUUCAUCCAUCUUCGCUAUCUAGAACUGAGAUCCACCGAGGACACUCUCAAAUGUUUGCCCAAGUCUCUAUGUAGACUUUACCAUCUUCAGGUACUGGACGUAAGGCAUUGGUGUGGUCUUAAUGAUUUGCCAAGAGACAUGUGUAAUCUUGUAAAUCUGCGCUAUCUUAUUGUUCCAGAGUCAGGGGCAUUGCACUUGCACUCAAAGAUAGUAAGAGUUGGCGAACUUAAAUUUCUACAAGAACUGAAAGAAUUCCAUGUUCAAACAGAGAGUGGAUUUGAGAUUUCACAGCUGGAGAACUUGAAUGAAAUCAGAGGAUCACUUGGAAUCUUUAAUCUUGAUAAUGUCAUAAAAAAGGAUGAGGCUAGUUGUGCAAGAAUUAAAGAUAAAAAGCAUCUCAGGACAUUGUCACUGUCAUGGGGAAGAACAAAUUGUAAUUUUCCAAAGCAAAUACUAGAGGAUCUUUAUCGGAGGCUGUACAUCCCCCAAGUGCUGCGGAGAAAAUGGGAUGAUUGGCGGCACGACUGGGUCUACGUCGAUGUCAGCCCCCACGACCGCCUUGCGUUGCCGGAGGCGGUGGCGGAGCCCCAGAGGUCGAUCUGGGAGGCGGCUCCGGCGGAGGACGAGCGGAUGCGGCCAGUUCUGAACCGCAUCGACUACCUGCGCCAGGUGGGGCUGACGUCGGUGAUGGUGGUGGCAGACUACCUGACCCAGAUCGGCGAGGACGGGGACCUAGACGAGGGAGCGCUGGUGGGCCUGCUGCGGGUGGUGACCGACGUGGAAGACCUCACCCGGGCGGCCCUUCCCCAGGAGCAAUUGGCGCUCUGCGCGGACCCGAGCCGGGUGGCGCUGCAAGCGACGCUACCCGAGUUCGACGCCCAGGGUUUGGUCGACCGUCUGGGGCGCCGGAACCCCGGGACCAUUCAGAUUCCCGGAGUGGACGAGGAGACGGGCGGCGCGCGAAGGACCGGCGGCGAGGAUGCCACGGGCGGCAGGGAGGCCACGGGCGACCGAACGCAGGCUGGCGGCAGGGGUGCCUCAGGCGGCAGGCCGCAGGCCGGCCGUGGGGCUACCGCAGGGGAGCGAGCGCAGCUCGAGGCGGACCGCGCCGCCCUCGUCGAGGAGAGGGGGUGUUUGGAGGAGGUCGGCCUGCUUUUGGAGGCCUACAUCGCCUCAGCCCGCGCAACCCAUGAGAGGGCGAUGCGCGCAGUGGCCGAGGAGCGGGAGGCCUUGGAGGAGGUGCGCAAGGAAUUCAUCGCCGCGCAGGAGGAGGCCACCCACUUGGGGGAGAUAUCGUGGCGGCUGGCCGCGAAACUGCUCGCCAGGGAGCGUCUGGUCCGUGCUCAGGAGGAGGCCAUCGUGCAGCGCGACAAGGCUGUGGAGACCACCCGGGCAGACUUAGCACGCCGGAAUGACGAGCUCGAGCGGAGUCACGCCGAAGUUCUCCGUCGGGAUGAGGUGGCGGUCCGCGAGACUGACAUCGAAAUCACAGUGACGACUCAGGAGGCCCGGGAGGAGCAGCUUACCCUGCACGAAGAGGAGGCUGCCACGGCGUCGGUGGCCCUAACUGCUCGGGAGGAGCAUGCCGCCAAAUGA